AUGUCAAAUUUCAAACGUGCGCCAGAAAGCGACAUAUCAAAAAAACAUAUCGAUUACAGUUUACAAAUUAAUCGAUGGUUUCUGAAACUAAUCGGUGCGUGGCCACAAAUAAAUGCAUCAAGUUCAGUGUACAAAAUCAUGAUAUUACUACAAAUUUUUGUUUGUUCAAGCGUGAUAGCAGUCACAACAAUACCGUGUUUGUUAUAUGUGUUAUUUGAAGCAGACAAUAUCAAGCAAAAACUGAACGCCGUGGCACCACUGCUUCACAGAGUUAUGGGCUCAGUACAUUACUGGGUGCUGCUCAAGCGUAGUCAUGACAUUGACAAAUUAAUACGACAUAUGGAAGCAGAUUGGAAUCUCAUACAAAGGAUUGACGAACGUGAAGUGAUGCUGCAACAUGCCAAGAUCGGCCGCUUCAUUGUCAUAAUCUGUGCGGUGUUUAUGCAGAGCGGUUUGUUUCUAUUUAGUUUAGGGAGAUCGAUGAAAACUACAACCAUCAUCAUUGGCAACGAGACUUUCAAGACGCAUCCAACAAGUUGUCCGAUUUACAGCAAGAUCAUCGAUACGAGAUUUAGCCCUGUGAAUGAAAUUGCAUUAAUUCUGCAAAAUGUAACAAUGUUCGUAGCGAGUUUCUCUACUGUUGGUGCUUGCAGUUUGGCUGCUGUCUUCGCGAAACAUGCUUGUGGUCAACUGAAUGUGCUGUAUGCGUGGUUACAUGAACUUGUUGAAAAUCAGAAAAAAAGUGAUACAAAUCAAAAAUUGACCGCAAUCGUAGAACAUCAUCUAAGAACACUGAGUUUUAUAUCACGAGUGGAAAGUAUUAUGCACAAAGCUUCUCUUGCAGAAUUAAUGGGAUGCACGAUAAUCUUGUGUUUAAUGGGAUAUUAUACUAUUAUGGCUUGGGAAACGUUCGAUACCGCCAAAAUAACAUCUUAUGUCGUUAUAUAUUUAUCGAUGGGUUUUAAUAUUUUUAUAUUUUGCUACAUUGGAGAGAUUAUUACAGAACAGUGCAAACGUGUUGGAGAAAUGGCAUAUAUGACUGACUGGUAUAAUCUACACCACAAAACUGCACGGGGUCUCAUUCUGAUUAUCGCUCGAUCAAAUAACGUAAUUAAAAUCACAGCAGGAAAGUUAUUCCAUUUAUCCAUCGCAACUUUUGGUGAUGUAAUUAAAACUUCCAUGGUCUAUUUAAAUUUUUUGCGAACAAUGACUAUGUAA